CCACGACUUCACAGCAGACCACGGAUCCAGCGGAGCGAGGGGGGAGAGCCGUUAGAGAGGGGGGGGUAAAAAAAAAAGAAGAAGAAGAAUCAAGUUAGCUGGAUUAUAGAGGCAGCUUUCAGCAGAAGUCACCACAUCUCCGACCCAGAACCCGUUUUUGCCCUCAACCAGUACCUUUUUGAAGCAAGGAGACGUAGCUUUCCGAGGAGCACCAGCGCAGUUCACUGAAACCAAAAGAUGGACAUCUACGACCCCCAGACUCUUGGGAUUAUGGUGUUUGGAGGCUUCAUGGUGAUCUCCGCCGUGGGGAUCGCCCUGGUUUCCACCUUCUCCAUGAAGGAGACCUCCUAUGAGGAGGCCCUCGCCAAGCAGCGCAGGGAGCUGGGUAAGGUACAGCCGGGCCGCGCGGACAAAAAGAAAAAGGACAAAAUAGCGGAGAAGAAGAGUCGCGGCAAGAAAAAAGAGGAAAAGCCCAACGGAAAAAUCCCGGAGCAGGAGAAGGCUGAAGAGGCUGCUGACUCUGAAGCUGAAGCAGCCGUUGAGCCUGCCGCUGCUCCUGCUCCACCUCCUGCCCCUGAGCCUGAGCCUGCUCCGGUGGUUGAAGCUAAACCCUCUGCAGCCCCAGUGGCUGCGGAGACGCAACCCAAAACCGCAGCUGAAGCCAUCUCUGCUGCUGAGCCUUCACCGGUGCCCUCGCCUAAGGAGAAGAAGAAGAAGAAGGUGGCUAAAGUUGAGCCAGCCUCAGCCCAGCCCGCUCCAGCGGCGCCUGUGAAGUCCUCAGCCGCCUCUUCUACAACCAACGCCCCCCCGCCUGCGCAGAGCAAAGCGGCCCCGGCGACCUCUGCACCCGCUUCAGCCAAGUCCGCACCGACGUCCUCAAAACCCACGCCUGCUUCCACCAAGUCUGCCCCGACUCCUCCACCAACCAAACCCGCUCCUGCUCCCGCUCCUGCCCCUGCUCCUGCCCCCGCGUCGGCCAAGUCUACCAGCGCCCAAGCUAAAUCUGUCGCCCCGGCACCGACCAAAUCUGCCCCGGCACCCAGCAGGUCUGCCACGGCCCCGGUCAAGCCUUCACCGGCUCCAUCCAAGGCGGCGCCGGUGCUGGAGGCGGUCACCAGGGAGGUCCCCGUAAUGGCCGUGCCUCCCGUCGGCUCUCAGCAGGCUCCUGCUGCUCCGGCAAAAGCACAGGAGCCCAAGAAGAAGGCUUCCAAGAAGAAGUCUGAGCCCGCGGCGGCGGCGGUCGACUCUGCCGACGCUCCGCUCUACCUGCCCUACAAAGCUCUGGUGUCCACCAUCCGCAGCAUGAUGUUCAACGAGGGAGAGGCGCUCAGGCUCAUUGAGAUCCUCUCCGAGAAGGUCGGCAUCAUUCAGGAUACCUGGCACAUGGCCAUUCAGAAGGGAGAUCCGGUGGCCGUGCUGAAGAAGCAGCUGGAUGAGAGAGAGAAGCAGCUGACGGCGGAGCAGGAGGAUGCUUCUGCAGCUAAGAAUCGCCUGAGAGAGCUCACCAAGGAGCUGUCGGCGGAGAAGUCCAAGGUUGCCAGCGUAGAGACGCGUCUGAGUUCUCAGCUGAGCAAGAGGGAGCAAGAAAUGAUCGCUCUGCAAGCUCGCAUGCAGGCCAGUUACCAGGACCACGUAGCCCAGACCCAGAAGCUCAACGCCAAGAUCCUGAGCCUGCAGGACCAGCUGGAGAAAGGCCCCAAUGCUCAACUUGCUCGUCUGCAGCAGGAAAACUCAAUCCUCCGUGACGCUUUGAACCAGGCCACUAGUCAAGCUGAGAGCAAACAAAAUGCAGAGCUGGCCAAGCUGCGUCAGGAAUGUGCAAAGUUGACCAAAGAGCUCGGAGAGAAGACGGAAAGUCUCCUUUCAGACGAGCAUGUCAGGAAGGGGCUGGAGUCCAAGCUGUCUGCCGCAGAGAAGCAGCUCUCACUGCUGCAGGCAAGCCGUGCAGAAAGCGAGCAGGCGCUGCAGAAAAGACUGGAGGAGGUGUCCGAGGAGCUCAGAGCGACCCAGAGCAGGAACGGCAGCCUGCAGGCCACUUUGGAGCAGACCCAGCAGGACAGCGGCGCGCUGUCAGAGUACCAAGUGCGGCUAGAGAGCCUGGAGGCGGAGGUCAAGGAGCGGUCUGCUCAGGUGGACGCCCUCACGGCCCAGCUCCAGGAGACCCAAGCGGAGAAGAACCAGCUUACGCAGCAGGUCGCCUCCAUCAACUCCCUGUUGGAGGCAAGUCAGAGCAAACAGGAUGAGGACAGCAAGCAGCAGGUGAAUGCAGCUGAACUGGAACAUCUAAAGCUCAGCCUUCAGGAAAAGGACGGCCAGCUGAGUGCUCUUCACGAGGAACUGAAGCAGCUGCAGAUAAAGCAGGAAGCUGCUGAGAACGCCGUUACUGAACUUGAGCAAAAAACUAAGAGCGAGGAUGUCGCCCUCGUCACGUCACUUCAGGAAGAACUCAGAAACCUCAAAGAGGAGUUGGAGCAACUUCAAAACUCAAAAUCGGACACGUCAGCAGAGCUUGCACACCUGCAGAACAGUCUGUCUGAGAAGGAUUCCCUUGUUACAUCACUGCAAGAUGAGCUGAGGGCAGCAAAAGCAGCUACAGAUGCUAAUGCCGUGGCUCAGCUGGCAGCUCUUCAAAGCGAAACCAAAGAAACUCUUCAGUCGCUCUUCCCGCAGAUACCAGUGGAGACGGAGCAGUCCGACUGGUUAAAAGCGUUCACACAGAAAGCUCAGGAGGCGCUCAGCCAGCAGAGUCAAGAGCCUCUCUCGAGCGGAGCAUCGCCAGAGUUGCUGGAGAAACUGAAGGAAUCGGAGGAGAGCUACAGCUCCCUGCAGGCUGAAUGUGACCAGUACAGGGCGGUCCUGGCUGAAACUGAAGGAAUGCUGAAACAUCUGCAGAAGAGUGUAGAAGAGGAGGAGCUGGUGUGGAAGUCAAAGAUGCUGAACUCAGAAGAACAGCUGAAGGAGGCUCUGCAGAAAGUCAGCAAGCUGGAAGCAGAGAGCCAAAGUGUAGAGCAGUUGAAGGAACAAAUGAUGCUUCUGGAAGCUCAGCUUGAAAAACAAUCAGACAACCCGACGACCUCAGAAGAAGUGGAGCAGCUGAAGCUGCAGCUGUCAGAUUGCCAGAACCAGUUGGACUUGGCCCAGAAGGAUGUCCAGGCACACAAGGAGGAGCUCCAACAGGUCAGAGCGCAGCUGGGCGAGAUCGCGAAGCGGACUCAGGGAGAGCAGAACGGCCCGGCCGAGGCCGAACCCAGUCAGGUGCAGAACGAGUUGAGUCAGACGACGGAGAAGCUGCACGGCGAGGAAACCCAGAGGCAGCAGCUGUCGGAGGAAUUCGAGCAGGCCCAGAAGACGGUAGGGGAGCUACAGGCCCAGCUCGAUCUUCUAAAGGCGUCUUCAGAUGAAACGCAGUCCGACACGGAAGACGCAGCUCAGCUCAAGGAGCGCCUUGAGAAGGAGAAGAAGCUGUCCAAAGACCUGGGCCAAGCAGCCACUAAGCUCCAGCAGCUUCUUAAAGCCACUCAGGAGCAGCUGACCAAAGAGAGAGAGACUGUGAGAACACUACAGGAGCACCUGGAGGUCAAGGGAGAAUUUGUGGAGCUGAAGGAAGGAACAUCUGUCUGAGGUGAAGCUCACCAGGAACGCUACAAUAAAAACUGCCAAAUAUGCCUUAUGAUUACCUAGUUAUGCAUUCCAAAUUUAUCCUUUCUUGUACUGUAGUGGUUGGCAUUCUGUUGAACCUUUUUUUAGGGAUCAAAUAUUUUUUUUUUUUUUGUGUAAGGAACGUUUCAAAGUAAGAUUAUAGAGGAGAGAAUCCUGCUGCAGUCUUUACCGAAGCCCACAUUCCAUCUACAUUUCUGACCAUGUCAGAAGUUAUUUAUCCCUUUGCCUUAUUUUUUUUUCCGAGCAUUUCCCCCCCAUAGUUCAGUGUUAAGAAGAGAGAGAGAGAGAGAAAAAGGGAACAUGAAGGCACGUCAGACGUGCUUCAAUCUGUGCAAUUACUUUGUAUGUCUUUUCUAUGUGGUUGAAUGAUGGGAACAUUUUAUGGUUCAUUGUAGAGCCUGCUUUCCUCUGUAUCUGGCUGACAACACAUCUGACCUGUAUGAAUGAAUAAACUACAGUUUAGCACUAUC